AUGGAAGGAACUUCCCAGUCCUUCAUCUUGAACAUCUCGAUGAAGGUUUGGGACACCACGGGUGACAUGAGUGACGAUACCUUUUACCUAAUAGAUGGUAUAAUUAACUUAUAUGCCUCUAUUAUUGUUUACUUCAUAGGGAUCCCUACUAAUGCUUUCAACUGUUUAGUUUUUUGGCAUCAAGGAUUACGAGAUCGUGUAAACCUGUGUUUAUUUGCUCUGGCCUCGGUGGACCUUCUGACUUUGUCUCUCAAUUUCGUUAUUUCAUUUGUUCAGCCGUUCAUCGGUCUUGUGUCCAGACCAUUAAGAGAAGAGUUCGGGAUGAAAGCACAGUCGUACACCGCGGGUGUCGUAUACGGCCUGCAUGCCACGUCUGAUGUUAUCAGCACGAUCAUCGCCGUGGACCGUUGCCUGUGUGUGGUCUGUCCUCUCCGCGUCGCUCACCUCAUUCGCACGCGCACCAUGGUGGCCGUGAUGGCGACAUCUUUCGUCUUCUUGCAGCUGAGCUACGCCAUGCUGCCCAUUAAGUUCACCGUGGCUAGUGUUUAUGUCAAUUCAACCGGCACGUAUAGAUGGAAAAUGGUUCAGACUGACAUCGAACUGAAAUAUGGAAACAUUCUGGACCCGUUCACCGUCACCUUUUUAAGCAUCGCCCUUCCCAUCACGACAUUCAUCAUUGUGUCAGCAUCGACGACAGUUACAGUCUUAAAGCUGAUGUCAGCCACACGAUGGCGAGAGAAGACGAGUUCUGUAAAGAGAGGGACCCUGGGCCAUCAGGCAGGUGCCACCAAGAUGCUGGUGCUGGUGUCGUGUCUCUACAUCGUCACCAUGGCGCCCUACGUCGCUUCAUUUUUCGCUCGACUCGCUGUGAAGGACUUCUCACCCUUCGGCCGUUAUUGCAAGUUGUUUGUGGCGGUGCUGUUAAUUACUGACCUUUUCUUUCUCAUCAACAAUGCCGGCAACUUUUUUGUUUACAUCGCGCAGUCGUCUCGUUUUCGGCGUGACCUCCGCGUUGUUUUGUGCAACAAUAGAAAGAACCAGUCUCGUGCGGGCUUAGCAAGAUCUGUGACAAAAGUGUUGUCGAUGUAA